AUUAAUUAUUUCUGACUUUACAAAAUCGGAUAAAAUCAGAUGAACAAAUUGCUUUAUUUGUUUGAAGUAAAAACCGGGUCCUUUGUUAUGCAGAAUACUACACUCCGGUUGCUACGGAAGGAUUUGCCAUCUUCAUAAGUUUUUGGCCUCGAUUGCUUAGAAUUUCUCUCCCACAAGAGGGAAUGUUAAAGUAUCUUCUCAUCUUAAAAUUUCCCAGAUUCUAGUAAUCCCUGUCGAAGCUCUUGAAAGAUGUUAGUUUCCACUUGUUAUAUUAUAAAACUACAGAAAAUUAUGUGCAUUCGACCUGAAGACAUCGGAUGCAGUGUUCUGAAUUUUAUUGCUUUUCAGGGCUGUGUCCUCUUGUAACUGGUGUUAGCUGGUGUGAUUAAGUCAUGAGAUAUUUUCAAAAUUCCUUGAUUCUAUAAUCUUUGCUUCUUUACUGAUUUUUAUGUCCAUUUUGGGGUUUUAUGUUUGUUUCAAUACAGUGUGAUGAAUGCAUUUUGUUGAUGUUUCUUGUAGAGAUAAUCUUGAGACAUACACAAGUGACUAUACCAUACAAGUCCUGGUAGGGUAUUGUGUGGUAUACAUUUUUAUGCAAACUUUCAUGAUUCCCGGGACUGUGUUCAUGUCAUUGCUUGCUGGAGCCCUGUUUGGAGUCUUCAAAGGCGUAGCUUUGGUUGUGUUCGCUGCCACAGCUGGUGCUUCUUCUUGCUAUUUCCUUUCAAAAUUAAUUGGACGACCCCUUAUCUUCUUUCUUUGGCCAGACAAGCUGGCUUUCUUCCAGGCCCAGGUGGCUCAAAGAAGGGAGCGGUUGUUGAACUACAUGCUUUUCCUUAGGCUAACACCUACCUUGCCAAAUACAUUUAUCAAUGUUGCCUCACCGAUUGUUGAUGUGCCUUAUCAUAUUUUCUUCCUGGCAACUUUCAUUGGACUUAUCCCAGCUGCGUAUAUAACUGUCAGGGCUGGAAUAGCUCUUGGAGAGCUACAAUCAGUUGGGGAUCUUUAUGAUUUCAAUUCAAUUGCCACUCUGUUCCUUAUUGGGGUUCUGUCUGUCACUCCUACACUUCUGAGGAAGAGCGAAUCAUAGAAUUUGAACAAGUGAUGUUUGCUUGCUGUAAAUGGGCCUUCAAUCUCCCAGAAUCAGUUGGGGUUGCACUUCAUAGGCAUGGCUGACAAUCUGAUGUUCAACAAUCAAGAUGAUGCGUUAGUCCUCAAAUGAAUUAUUUAUCACGUGUCACAUUUGAUUUCGCUUGUGAGGGAAGAAAGAGAAUGUGGGUUAGGGCUGGUAAUAUAGUUUGUCUGCAUUA